UUUGUGUUCGGCAUGAAUCUCAUUGAAACGCGAUCGUCAGAAAAUGUAAAUUUGUGGCAGUAAUUUCUACCAAAUAGCUCUGGACGUCAACUAUACKGUUAUGACUUGGUGGUCAAUCCACAUGAAUUUUGGGCAUGACGAGCAUAAAACCAUUUAACACAUCACAUGGAAAGACAACCACAAACAUCAUUAAUAAACCAAUCAGAAAACAGCAUGGGAGAUAGCGAGGAAGGUGAUAUAACUGAAGUUCGAAUACAAAUAGACAAGGAAACUUCAAUUAGACAACUAGAAAUGGAUCAAGCCAGCAAAAUUUCACCUAACAAAAUCACUGCCGAUGAAAGUGCAAAUGGGGAUUCAUCUCAACCUAAGGGUAUUGUGAUGGUUGAUGCUGAUGAAGAGAAUGAUGAUGAUGACGAGGAAGAUUUUGAUGACUGCAUUGAUAUUCGAGACAAUGCUAACGAUGAAGAUCAGUUUGCCUUUGAAGACAAUAAUGGUGUCAAUGGUGUACCUCGUAAUACUAGUGAGAAUUUUCCAGGAAAUAGCUUGACUGUUGAGAUUGGUGAAGAUAAUAAUGAUGCACAAGUUGAUGCUGAUGAUGCUGGUGAGGAAAAUGGUGAACAUGAAGAAGAGGGUGCAGCUGCAGCCAAUAGGGUUACUUUUGCUGAUGAAGAUCAAUUGUCUGAUUGUCAUUAUGACCACCACCAUAUUGAAGACCAUUUCCAGAGAACACACAGUGAGUCAUAUGAGGAUGACGAAGACUAUCAACACGGAGAGAAGUCGCUUGAUGUUUUGCUGCUGGAGGAGAUAUGUGAAGAGGCAGCCAGCAUGACCAUCAAAGAAGCACUCAUUCACUCACUGAAGCCCAACGUACGCGCAGGACUAGCAACUGCACAUCUUAGGUUAUCAGAAUCUGAAAUUCUUAACUUAGAGGGGUACUGUGAGGACUUUGUGGGAGGACUUAUCAAAGAUCUAUUAAGGAGAACAUCUAUAUUGCAAAAUGAUAAAGAUGAAGCACAAAACAAUGCCAAUCAGACAACAGUUCAAGCAACAACCAUCAAAAUCACAGCAAAACAGCUGAGUGCAAUGGACUUAAAACAAUUGAAAGUCUACUGUGAUCAUUUUGUUCACAAUGUCAUAGCAGAAUCAAUCAUAGAUUCAAGCAUGAUUGUUGCUAAACAACAAGACCAAGCUGACCAAGUCAAAGAUAUUUUGCACGUUUUUCAGGAAUCUGAUGAACUCCAAGAGUAUUUUACUAGUCUUACAACUGACAUUGUGCGAACAGCCUUAAUUAAUGUUGUCAGUAAAGAGCAUUUAGAAGAAGCCAUACAAUCAGAGGAAACAGAUCCCCUGGAAAGUGAGUUUGACACUUUGCAGUCAUCAGAACACACAAGUCUUUCAGGUGAAUUUGAGAGUCAUGGUGAAGAAGGAUUUGAUUUUGAUGAUAACCACAGCUUCAGCUUCCCUGAUAGCCAAGUACAACAAAAACAUCAGGAACCCAGUCCAAGAGAGGUCUACAACACAGAGAGUUCACAGAAGAGCAGAUCAAAACGUCGAAAAUUACCUCAACAGCCUGGUGACACUCCACUAGAGUUUGAUAUGGACUGGGUUGAGGGUGCUUUACAUGAUAUUGGGGUUACUGAAGGAGAUCGUCGUCACAAAAUCGUCAUGAAAGAACUGGAUUUUGAUGACAGAGUCAAUGCUAGAGGAAACGAAGUGCUUGCCCCAGUUUUUCUCGCAAUUGCCGAGGAAAAUGAAGACGACAAUGAUUUUCAGGGCAUGCGCAGAAAGACCCAGUCGAUCGAAGAUCUUUGUGGUCUUAUAGAGGAAGAUCACGAACCACCUCGAAAGAGAUCCAGCAGCCUGAACCAAGCAAAACCCAAACGGAAGCACCAUCCCAAGCAACCACCGCCUUCAUUUAAGGAAUAUAUACAAAAUGACGUUAAAUCGGCCUUGCAAGACGAUUUAAAACCUGCUAUACAGGAAGACCUUGAAGAACGUCCUCCUAGUCCAGACGAGAAUGUUGCGGUCCAAGCAGAGUUAGAGCGUCAACAGCCAAAGUCUUUAGAAGUAACCAAGACGAUUCAAGACAAAGUUUAUCAUGCUUACGACGAUGAGCAAUUCCGCUGGCACACAAUUCGUGUCAACAAUCGAGAAAAAGUUCUUGAUUUGCGAUUGAUAGAACCGUACAUGAAAGUCAUUACACAUGGAGGAGUGCAUAUACCAUCGAGGGCUGUCAUUGUGGUCGUGGCGGCUUGCUACCUUCCUGACAAGUCAAAAAGAAAUUAUGAUUUUCUGAUGGAGCAGCUAUUUUUUUACCUCAUAAGUACACUAGAACUGCUUGCCACCGCAGACGAGUAUUUCUUGGUUUAUCUCAAUGGAGGAACUACUCAGGCGAACAUGCCAGCCUUGCCCUGGAUGAAACGCUUUUACCAACACAUUGAAGGAGGAUUGAAGCAGCAAAUGAUAAAAAUGUUUAUCGUUCAUCCAAACUUCUGGCUCAAGACAGUUGUAAGAUUCGCUAGGGCGUUUGUUGGGACGACUUUUUGGAGCAAGUUGGAAUUUAUGAAAUCUCUCGAUGAUCUUUCCAAGCACAUUCCCACGGAAUUCAUGUACAUCCCAGACGAAGUAAUCAGAUGUGAUCCAAAGUAUAAGCGUCUUCACAACCUUUGACUUGGCAGUAGUCAGUGGGCUUGUCUGAACAGUUACAGACGAUGAUCGAUUUUUUUUGAUAUGUUUUCAUCGCGGAAGAGCGUUUCUUCUCCCGCUUUACUGAUCAUAAAGUAACCUUUUGAUUAAAAUAUCAAAAUCUUCCAGACGAGUAACUCCAGAUAUAUAUUUAUAUAUAUUUAAAAGGAUAAAAUGUUAAUUUUCGAAGUUUAUCAAUUAACUACAGCGAGUACAAAAUCUAUUUAAAAUGCGCUAGUCUACAAAUGUUUAAAAGCGCUCUAAAAUAACAUAUUUAUUUUCAAUUGUAACUUAAGUUAAUAUUUUGUUUUUGUUUACUGGUUUCGCAAUGUUGAUUACCUUCGUAAAUGCUACGCCUGUAUAACGGACCAUUUUCAACCGGCAUUCAAUGCGGUCUUGUUUUAGAUUUUUCAUACAUGGAAAAAAUGGUGAUCUAUUCACACUCCGUUUCCAUCCGUCGGUUUUAUAAUCGAAUCUUACAAGAUCUCCGUCCAUGGAGCAUAAACAGUAUAGUAUCUUUUUGCUUAUGUUCCGAUAUAUAAACAUAAACAAAAGAUCGUAAGGGAUGCCUGUUGGCCGUGGCGUUUUAAGUCAUGUGACCAUACGCACGUGACUUUUAAAAAAGUUAUUUAUUAGGGACGCCACGUAAUUAAUUGAUAUAUUUAUAAUGUUGUAGGUUUGUUAGGAUCGGUAGAUUUUAAUAAAUUGGAAGGUUAUGGAUGGUAA